AUGUCUGAAACUGAUUCAGAGGGACCACACGAAAGUGUAGAUAGCUCCUUCAUGUUAGUUUCUAUUCAGCAUGACACUAUUCAUGAGGAAAUGUCUCGUAGGUUUUCCGAUUUAAAUAAUUAUAACCAUUUGGAUCGAAUGCCGCAAGACUUGGGAAUGCAAGAUCCCAAAGCUUGUAGAUUGGAAAUCGACCUCAACCCACCUCUAUAUCAUGACUUUGAGAUGGAGAAGAGAAACAAGAAGAAGAAAAGCAGGAGGAGGAGGAGGAGGAAAGGGAGGAACAAGAAAAACAACACAAGUGAAGAUGAUGAAGAUUCCGAUGGAGCAGAUACAAGUUCAUAUUAUCUCGAUAUUGAACAAUCUAUCACGAGUCUAUGUUCAAAUACAGAUAACAACAAUUCCACUACUGGAUAUGUUCUAUGGAAGACCACAAUCAUGUUUAUUGCAUGGGUAUUGUAUGAAGAAGCCUCUAAACCGUUGAGAAAUGGUAUGGAAGUAACACUAUUGCGUAAUGAUUCUUGGUCUGAUAAUUCAGAUCUUGAAACUAGUGAUUAUGACUUCUCUCGAAUGUUUGUCCCUAGAUUGUUUAAUACAAAGACUGCAGGUUAUUACGGUAACACUGAUAAUAAUAAGAAUAAUAAUAAAGCCAUAGCAUCUAUUAUUGAAUUAGGUUCGGGUAUAUCAGGGAUAUUACCCGUUGUCUUGGGGAAUCAUGUAGAUAAUUAUAUUUGUACUGAUCAAAAGGGUAUUUUGAGUAAAUUACAAUCCAAUAUCAAAAACAACCUGAAACAAUUGAACAAGAGAGAGAUUAUUUCCAAAUCUUUGAAUAUAAAUUAUGAUAAUGGUGAAGCGACCUCUAAAGACAAGAAACAACAAGAAAUAAACGAAGCAGCAGACAUCGCUGAUGACAAGACUAAUAAAAGAAAUACACAAAAGAGAGACAAGCAGACAAUUAAUUUAGAAGUGCUACCGUUAGAUUGGGAAACGUUCAAGAAUGCGGCAGAUUAUCCAGAGUUUGUUCGUAUCAAUAAUUCAAACACGAAUCCAAACUCCGUUGUAUAUAUGCUUGCCAUGGAUGUCAUCUAUAAUGAUUACUUGAUUACACCAUUCUUAGAGACAGUCGAUAAGUUAAGAACUUUCUUCUUAAAGAAGACUAGGCAUGUCCGCAUCAUUGUUGGUGUUCAUUUAAGAAACUAUAAUGUAAUCGUGGCUUUCCUGGAAAAGGCCCUUGUCCACUUCGGCCUGUCGGUCUAUCUAAUAGACGAUCCAAUGCUCAAGGCCUCUAUAUAUAAUUUCUUCAUAAUUUAG